GGCCUCACGGCUGCCUUCUCCAAUAACGAGCAGUACUCGGACAUCGUCAUCAAGUUCGGCGAACAUCAGAUUCGCGCACACAAGGUCGUCCUUGCCCAGCAAUCUGGAUACUUCGCGACUGCCUUCUUCAGUCACUUCCAAGUUGCAUCAAACCCUGUCAUCGACCUAGGAGACGAGGACGAUCCCGAGCUGCUCACAUCCGUGAUCAGAUACCUGUACUGCUGCGGACCUAUCCAUGACAACGUUCCAAACUUCUCCCUGGAUCGUCUUAGCGAAUUUUACCUGAUAGCUGACAAGUACGAUAUUUCAAAGCUGCGUUGCGAAGUCGCAGAGUUCUUUCACAUGGAGGCAAUCACCGGAGUCGAAGCCUAUCAGGGCACUGAUUUUAUGAAGACCUUUGUAGGCUGCGUCGUCAAGUUUUGCGGUUCAUUUUCCUUCCAGCUUGCUGAUACCACACUACAACACGUGAUCAUAGAUGUUUGCAUGCAGCAAUACAUGGAGGUCUUCAGGGACAAGGUGUUUCUCAAGCUCUAUAAGAAUGGAGAAUUGUUCGACCUCAAGAACGCAGCUGCUUUCGGCCUGUUUCUCGGGAAACGUCUGCUCAACAUUCAGGAAAUGGCGCGCGAAGGAGUCAAUGACAUGCCGGAGUCUGAUGACGGACUUGUAGAUCAUGGUCCAUUGAAGCGAAUAAUGAACAAUUUCUUCAACGAGAGAAUGUCUGACAUAACUCUCAUCUGGGGCGAUGGCCAAAAGAUCUUUGCUCACAAGGUUGUCCUGGCGGCUCAUUCAUCCUACUUGCAGAAUAUGCUGAAGGCUUCACCUACGAUUGAUCUUGGGGACAAGUACGACUCUGCAGCGACAGCAGCCUUCAUCGAAGACAUGUACACAUGCCACAACACCGCUUGCCUUGACUUAUCGUCCAAGCGCUCGAUCUCAUCUCUUGCCGACAUGUACCUGCUGGCAAAGAAACUCAGGCGCGACGAUGCAGCUGAAGAAUACAAAGGCCAAUGCGCAGAUGUGUUAAGCAAGCAAAAAUUCUCAGAUGAGCUGCUGUCACAAGUAGCGACUCUUUGCGGACCAGAUUCCAAAUCCGCCGACACAUCGUUUGCGGAGAUGGUCUUCGCUAACAUUCUAUACCGCGUCCGAGGCGGAAAGGUUCCUGAGACGUUCGCGGAGAAGCUUGCUGAUGGAUCCUUGUUCAAUGCCACGUUCACCAGACGGUUCGCCAACGAGAUACUCGGUAGCUUUCUGGGACCGAAGCAGCCACGAGCCUGG